AUGACGUCUGAAUUCUACUAUGAGCUCAAUGGGCUUCUGGGAGCGUUGGAGAUCUUUCUAGAUCCUAACUCCGACUUCAACUCAAUCCGCUUUGAAAGUCGCACGUCAUCCUCAAGUUCAUUCUUUGUCCCGACUCUCAUUGCUCCGCAGGAUAGAACGAUCCCUAUUGAAAUACAGACAAAGCUGCAAGCAGAAGAGCGCCGAAUACGCAAUCUUAAGAAUCUUGAAUCUCAGGUCGAGAGGCGUCCAUCUCUACUGCAAAAACAUCAAGAUGAGAUACAGACUUUGAGACUGUCCAAGGACAUCUCUAUUCUGGAGAACUACGUCCCAUCUGAACAAGAGAAGGAAGAUGAAAAACGCCGUGCCGUGGCUAUGAGUAUAUUCAUAAAGCUUACCGAGAUGAGUUACAAGCCAUAUACAACAAUGAAUGACAAACAAGCAGAUUACUCGACAGACGCCAUGUGGAGUCGGUGCGAACAGCUUCAAGAGAGUGCACGACGCAUUGAGUCUCUUUCGUUUGACAUAAAGCGACCUAGCUCAAAGCAACGUGUAUUUGAAUGCAAGCCUCUGCUCCCAUCUCCAAUUGACCUUCGUACUUUACCUUCUUGGAGCACAAACGUGUAUCUUAGAAUUCCAAUGUCUAUCGAAAAAGAAUAG